AUGAGGGAUCCCACCACUGACAUGGAACACAUCUCACAACAACCGACCAACGGGUCAACAGCCCCGCGACGAAAUCCGAACAAAUCAGCUCGAGUCGCAUUUGGUCCUGAGUUGGAAACCACGAUUCCCUCCCGCGAAAGAUCUCCGGCUCCGUUGGCUGGCCACCAUCGCUCAUUCACAACGGUCGAACAAAGGCAGCCUUCCCUAGCGCUCCCUGGACGACCAACAAGCUCCUCUGGGGAGAAUUUAUCUAGCGGUAUUGAUUCAGAUGCUCCCCCACGUCGCCCCUCUCCUCGGAGAUCGGAAAGCAGCCGGCCCGCCGUGCUGAAGAGAGCCAGAAGUGAUUACGGGCCAAGCCGUAUCACUUUUGAUAAAGCACCGGGCGAUGACGACGAGGACUUCGCUAUGCGCCACGGAUGGCAAGAGGAAUACACCUCGAGCGAAUAUUUGAAGAUUUUACACUCGAAUUUCUACAUGUACUUCACCGAGAAGCGCCACGAAACCAACGGUGUUCCCAGGGACCCGGUUGGAAGCUGGCCUAGUCAGGACUGGCGCAUGAAGGACCGCCUCAAGACCGUAUCUGCGGCAUUGGCGAUUUGUCUGAACAUUGGAGUUGAUCCCCCAGAUGUGGUCAAGACAAACCCUACAUCAAAGUUGGAAUGCUGGGUGGAUCCCACCUCGACCACUGGUGGAGGUCAGAACAAAAUUAUGGAACAGAUCGGAAAGAAGCUACAGGAGCAAUACGAGACCUUGAGUCUACGGACAAGAUACAAGCAGUACUUGGAUCCGUCGGUCGAUGAAACAAAGAAGUUCUGCAUAUCGCUUCGCCGGAAUGCCAAGGACGAGCGAGUUCUUCUACAUUACAAUGGACACGGUGUGCCGCUUCCAACUCAAUCAGGUGAAAUUUGGGUAUUCAACAAGAAUUACACCCAAUACAUUCCCGUACCGCUAUAUGAUCUGCAAUCGUGGCUGGCUGGCCCCAGUCUUUUCGUCUUUGAUGUCUCGCACGCAGGUAACAUUCGAGACCCGAAUGCCAUCGUCCAGAACUAUGGAGACUGCAUUCUCCUCGCUGCAUGCCAGAAAUCUGAGUCUCUCCCAACAAAUCCCGACUUGCCUGCGGACUUGUUCACCUGUUGUUUGACGACACCAAUCGAAAUCGCUCUCCGCUUCUUCAUUUUGCAGAAUCCUCUCCGAACUGACAUUUCCAUUGACGAUUUCCGAGUUCCCGGUCGACUGCAGGAUCGUCGAAGCCCCCUUGGAGAGCUGAACUGGAUAUUCACCGCUAUCACUGAUACAAUUGCAUGGAAUACUUUGCCUCGGGCAUUGUUCAAGAAGCUUUUCCGGCAGGAUUUGAUGGUUGCUGCUCUGUUCCGCAACUUUUUGCUAAGCGAACGUAUUAUGCGGACCUACAAAUGCCAUCCAAUCUCUUCACCCGAACUUCCGGAAACCCAUCAUCACCCGCUAUGGAAAAGCUGGGACCUUGCUGUCGAGAUGGUGUUGUCUCAGCUUCCUGCUCUCAUUGAUCAUGAGGAGGGACGUCGCCAGUACGAGUACCAGCAUUCUACUUUCUUCGCUGAGCAGCUCACUGCCUUUGAGGUGUAUCUUUCGUCCGGUCCGACAGAAAAGAACCCACCUGACCAACUUCCCAUUGUCUUGCAAGUCCUUCUAAGCCAGGCACAUCGUUUGCGGGCUUUGAUUCUAUUGAGCAAGUUUCUGGAUCUCGGUCCAUGGGCUGUCCACCUUGCAUUGAGCAUCGGUAUUUUCCCAUAUGUCGUCAAGUUGUUGCAGUCAGCGGCCCAAGAAUUGAAACCUGUCAUGGUUUUCAUCUGGGCCAGAAUCAUGGCAGUUGACCACACCGUCCAGAACGAUCUCCUCAAGGAUAACGGGAUUCACUAUUUUAUCUCAAUCCUCAAUCCCUCGUCACCAAUCCCCGUCGGCAACGCCAGCGAGCAUCGCGCUAUGUGUGCUUUCAUAGUCUCCAUCUUCUGCAAGAACUACCCACAGGGCCAGAAUGUCUGCCUCUCUAAUGAGCUGUUUGACUCGUCACUCAGACAUCUAGGCGACGUGGAAAACCCUUUGCUGCGACAGUGGUCAUGUCUGUGUCUUAGCAUGCUCUGGUGUGACUUCCCAGAAGCAAAGUGGAUGGGCAUUCGAUGUGCAGCUCCUGCGAGACUUUGCGAGUUGAAUUUCGACCCCGUUCCCGAGGUUCGUGCUGCGAUGUUGCACGCCGUGACGACCUUCCUGGGAAUUCCUGACCUGACAGACCAAGUGGCCCAAAUUGAGGAAACUCUGGCUCUAGCUGUCUUGCCCAUGUCCUCAGAUGGCAGUGUGGUUGUCAGAAAGGAACUUCUAGUAUUCUUCUCAACAUUUGUUAGACGACACCAAAACAAAUUCUUGGUUGCGGCCUUUGAAGAACUUCAAGACGAGAAGCGGUCAUUGCGCCAGCGCUUCGAGAACGAAAACCCCCAGUUGACCUACAACGAGAGCCAAAAUGGAACAGUGUCCUCUACUCCAAAGCUAUCUCGCAACACCACCUUCGGGACUAUCUGGAAACAACUCCUGGCUCUCUCGGUUGAUCCUCACCCUGACAUUGGCCAGGAUGCCGCCGUCAUUGUUGAUUACAUCCACCUGUCAUUGCUAGAAUCCCCCAUGGCUCCUCUGACUAACAAGCUUCAAAAUGAAAUCCUGGAUCUCGCAGGGCUCUUGAAACUUCAAACUCACGAGCUUUCCGAGACAAAGAAGGUGGCACCGCCCUCAACACCUCCCUCAUCAUCGGCAGCAACUUCUAAACAAGAAGGAUAUCUUUCGAUCGGGUUCAAACGAACAGCCAGCGUCGCUGCUUCCCUCAAGAACCUCGCUUUUGGAAACUCAACAAAUGGGGAUCCAACAGACAACUCGAACCCCCCUCACCCUCAACUGGCGCCUUCACCUACAUCACGAGGCUUUGAGCCCAAAGGCGCUGGUGCCGUCCCAGUCAUCCCCCUCAAGAGCCGAUUCCUUGACUGGUCAACCGAGUACUUCCGCGAACCCCAGAUGAAGCCCAAUGAGCCGGAUGAGCCAGGUAGCUCGGACUAUAACCAACGCCUCUGGAGACGCAGCCGCAAUGAGAAGAUUAUUGCCGAAACCCAGCCCCUUAAAGGAAAGGCAGGAGCAAGCCGGUGGGAUAAUUCUCUUGCUCUGUUGUCAAAUGGUAGUCAGCCCAUGAAGAUGUGCUUCCAUCAAUUCGAGGAUCACCUUGCUGUUGCAGAUGAUCGAGACACCAUUGCAAUUUGGGACUGGCAGGGCCAAAGACGCCUUAAUCAAUUCUCCAAUGGCAACCCUGCAGGAUCAAAGAUCAACGAGGUCCGGUACAUCAAUGAGGAUGACCAGGCACUUCUCAUGACUGGCUCUUCGGAUGGUGUUAUCAAGCUAUUCCGCCACUAUGAGUCUAACAGAGAUAUUGAAGUAGUCACGGCCUUCAGGGCGCUUCCUGAGUUGAUUCCCAGCAAUCGAAACGCUGGUCUUGUGCUUGAUUGGCAGCAGGGACAAGGCAAAGCUCUGGUUGCAGGUGACGUAAAGGUUAUUCGUGUUUGGAAUGCUGCCACCGAAGUGUGCACAAACGACAUUCCUGCACGCUCUGGCUCUUGCAUUACGUCCUUGACCUCGGACCAGGUCGCUGGCAACAUCUUUGUCGCAGGAUUUGGCGAUGGUGCCGUUCGAGUCUUCGAUCAGCGGCUGAAGCCCACCACCUCCAUGGUCAAGGUCUGGCGCGAGCACAAACAAUGGAUUACCAAUGUUCAUAUGCAGCGUGGUGGACUGCGAGAACUAAUAUCGGGCGGCCGCAAUGGCGAGAUUCGCCUUUGGGAUCUACGGAUGGAUGAUCCAAUCUCCACCAUCUACGCCACCAAAGACACCCUACGAACCUUGAGUGUGCAUGAACACGCCCCUGUUUUCAGCAUGGGCACAAACCGCCAUGAGGUCAAGACCUUCAAUGUGGAUGGCACCUACCUGUCCACUUUCGAGCCAUACUCAAGCUUCCUCCAUCACAACCGCUCUUCCCCUAUCGCCAGCACUGCUUUCCAUCCCCACCGGACUGUGCUUGCAUGUGCCGCGCUGAAUGAUCACCACGUCAAUCUCGUGUCCUGCUAA